UUCGCCAAAGAUCACAAGUACUAAUUAUCUGUACGGCCGUUCUGUACAUAUCCGGAUACAACUCUAGCGGGGGAAUCGUUCCUCUUCGAGAUGGAACGGAAGAAAAUCGCUCGGCCGAUUCGCCUGGAUCCGUUUCAGUUUACUCGAAUGGCUACGGCGUCAUGUUGUGUGAAAGCGACGAUUCCAGUGAAAGCUCUGGAUCAGCAUCAACUACUAGUAGUGAUCCCAGUACAAGGACUUCAGCGCUGCAGGAGGACGAUUUUCAUCAUGCCGUGAAUACGCCGACCACUACGGAUUCUGCCACACCUAAUCUGCAUCCGCGUCCAACCGCCAAUUCUGCAACGCGCCGUAAAACAGCUCACCGGAAUCACUUCCGCAAAGGCCAGCUUCAGCAGUUGGAGGCGUUCUUCCAGAAAUGCCGCUAUCCUAGCCACACACAACGUCUGGAGUUGGCCGACAUCAUUGACGCGGGCGAGGACGACAAGCGUAUACAGGUGUGGUUCAAGAAUCGACGCUCCAAAGAGCAGAGAAUUGCAGGCACUACGCCCGAUGUCCCUGUCAAGCGUCCAUGUCAACCUGCGAAAUCUGUGUCACUCCGUCCAAUACAGCCCUCGUUCGCUAAGAUGUCGAUCUCGCCGCCCGCUUGGACACCGCCCGCAAUGGAAAUGCCAAACGCAGUUAUGGCGUUUUAUGUUCCUAGCCCGGGUGUGGUCCACUUUAACUGGCCCGGUGGAUCGUUGACCAUGCCUGAUGGAAGCUCAUAUCGGAUAUCGGAUGUUGUACAGCAGGAGGUUGCCGGUUUAUUACCUGAUUUGCAGAAACCAUUAGAUUGCCCUGCCAGUUUUGUUCCGUUGCCGUUCACGCUAAGCUAUUCCUCGUUUACGCCGCCCCCAGUGCAGAUGCCGGUGAUGGAGGGCAACGACUGGUAUUCUCCGCCGGAGGAUACAACGUUGUUGACCCUUCCAGAAACGGCUGAACAAUCUCCUGCAAACAUACCGCCGAGCGAAUCGGACUUACUUAGUGCGCUUGUCCGCGUAGCAGGUUUGACCAACUGAUGGUGUUUCCAAAUAUCUGCGUUUCUGCCAUGGACUGGUGAAAGUUUAUAGUACAGUAUUAUUGAGUAUAGCGAUGUCGUUUAUAAGCAUUAUUGGUAUUUCAAAUAAAAAACUAUUUGAUUUUUUUUCGUUGACGUUCAUGUUUUUAUCGAGCAUUUAGAAAUUUUUACGGCAUUUACUAGUUUGUGGUGGUUUACAGUCUGGUUAUUUUGUUCGGUGGAAUUAGCAGUUAGUGUUUCCCAAAGUACUGAAAUUCGGGCUUCGAUGUGUUUAGUUUCGCAAUAGUGUUUAGUUUCGCAACGUGCUUUUCGGUGUGUUUAGUUUUGCUAUAGCGACACGUGUUUUAUUGCU